CCUCCUCCCGCUCUCCCUCUCCGCUUCCCCUCUAGCCUCCGAGGAGCCCGCAGCCGCGGGGUGCCCGGGAAGAUGGCGGCGGCGGGAGACGGCGGCGGCGAGGGGGGCGCGGGCCUGGGCGACGCGGCGGGACCGGGGCUGGGGUCCGGGCUGCGCGCACCCGGCCCCUGCGCCGAGGCGCACGAGGGCAGCCGGGACCCCGCGCCCGCCGCGCUGCACCCGGAGGAGGUCGCCGCGCGGCUGCAGCGGAUGCGGCGGGAGCUGAGCAACCGCAGGAAAAUCCUGGUGAAAAACCUGCCCCAGGACAGCAAUUGCCAGGAGGUUCAUGAUUUGCUAAAAGACUAUGAGUUAAAGUAUUGUUAUGUGGACAGAAAUAAACGAACGGCUUUUGUUACGUUGUUGAAUGGAGAACAAGCACAGAAUGCAAUUCAGACAUUUCAUCAAUAUUCUUUUCGAGGAAAAGACUUAAUAGUCCAGCUCCAGCCAACAGAUGCUUUGCUGUGUAUUACCAACCUGCCCAUUUCUUUUACAUUAGAAGAGUUUGAAGAACUUGUUCGUGCUUAUGGAAAUAUCGAGAGAUGUUUUCUGGUCUACAGUGAAGUUACUGGCCAUUCCAAAGGCUACGGAUUUGUGGAAUACAUGAAAAAGGACUUUGCUGCAAAGGCUAGAUUGGAGCUAUUGGGUAAACAGUUGGGAGCAUCAGCACUCUUUGCACAAUGGAUGGAUGUUAAUCUAUUGGCCUCAGAGCUCAUUCAUUCUAAGUGCCUUUGUAUUGAUAAACUCCCUAAUGACUACAGGGAUUCAGAAGAGCUGUUGCAAUUUUUUUCCAGUGUCCAUAAACCUGUGUUUUGCCAGCUUGCACAGGAUGAAGGUAGUUAUGUUGGCGGCUUUGCGGUGGUUGAAUAUAACACUGCAGAGCAGGCUGAAGAGGUUCAGCAAGCAGCAGAUGGGAUGACCAUCAAGGGAAGCAAAGUCCAGGUUUCCUUCUGUGCCCCAGGAGCACCAGGGCGAAGUACAUUAGCAGCACUGAUAGCGGCUCAACGAGUGAUGCACAGUAAUCAAAAGGGCUUACUUCCGGAGCCAAAUCCAGUACAAAUUAUGAAAAGUUUAAACAACCCUGCCAUGUUACAAGUUCUUCUACAACCCCAGCUAUGUGGGCGAGCUGUUAAACCAGCAGUUCUUGGAACACCUCACAGCUUGCCACAUCUGAUGAAUCCAUCCAUCUCCCCUGCAUUUUUACAUUUGAAUAAAGCACAUCAGAAUCUUUCUCGUGUACCGCUGGCACAGCAACAGUUAAUGAAGUUUGAGAAUAUUCAUACUAAUAAUAAACCUGGCUUACUUGGAGAACCCCCAGCUGUGGUACUUCAAACCGCACUAGGAAUAGGGUCAGUGCUUCCACUGAAAAAGGAAUUGGGACAUCACGGAGAAGCACAUAAAACAUCUAAUCUGAUUCCAACUCAAACAACUAUAACAGCUGGAAUGGGCAUGUUACCAUUCUUUCCAAAUCAGCACCUUGCUGGACAAGCUGGGCCAGGCCACAGUAACACUCAGGAGAAACAGCCAGCCACAGUGGGAGUGGCGGAAGGCAAUUUCUCAGGGUCACAGCCUUAUCUUCAGACCUUUUCAAAUCUUACCACUGGAGGCUUGCUGGCAGGAUACCACAAGCAGCAGCAAAGCCAGCCAAAAGGCACAGAGGUAAGUUCAGGGGCUGCCUCUAAGAAUCAGACUUCACUGUUGGGAGAACCACCAAAAGAAAUUCGGCUCAGUAAAAAUCCAUACUUGAAUUUGGCAAGUGUGUUGCCCAGUGUGUGCUUAUCAUCCUCCGCAAGUAAAACCACUCUUCUUCAUAAGACUGGAAUUGCAAACAACAUUCUGGAUGCAAUCUCUCAGGGAAAUGAAUCACAACACGCAUUGGAAAAGUGCAUCGCUUAUUCUCCACCUUUCAGUGAUUAUGCACAGGUGUCAUCUUUAAGAAAUGAAAAACGAGGCUCAUCGUAUCUCAUCUCUGCCCCAGAGGGUGGUUCAGUGGAAUUUGUGGACCAGCAUUCUCAGGGCACAGGAGCGUAUUACAUGGAAACCUACUUAAAAAAGAAGCGAGUGUACUAAAUUGAGCUCUCUCCUUAUCACCUCCUAAGGUUCUCUGCAGUAUCUCUGCUGUUCAUCGCUGCCUUAACUAUAUUCAAACUAGCCAUAUCCUUUAAAUACGGGUUUAUCAUUUCCCAGAAGGAACUGUGUUGUGCAGCAGGCAGAAUUGCCAAAUAGAAAAUAGCAAUAAGAGACAUCAAUUGAGGACAUUUUCCACUAGAAUUAGAUGCAUCUUAAUUAGUGUGUUAUUAACUUACAAUCCAUUGGAGAAACUAACAAUGUUCCAAUAUUUCUUGUUUUAGGACCGGGAAUAAUUUUGACACCACCAUGUAUAAAAGUUUGAAGCAAUAAAUGGGAAACAGUCUUGUUUCCUGAGCCUUAGAAGAAUGCGUUUCUUGUAAGCCAAUGUGCAUUUCCAUUUACUUUCCUUAUAGAUUUUUAGGACUUUUCCUAGAACUACAAGGGUGCAAGUACCAAAUGUGGUGAUAGUAAUGUUAAAAAAGAUGCUCUACCUGCAAACUCAAUUAGUACUCCCACACCAGCCAUGCAAUAUUAAACGCAACAACAGAGUGAUAGCGAUGUCCAAAGUAUACGUUACUACAGAUGCUUUACUUUUAAGAUGUUGUACACCGUUUAUACCUUUUAUGAAAAACACAAGGUAUUUUAAGAAAAAUAGCUUUGGUGGUUAUACAGGGGUUGGCACACUACACUCUGGGGCCAAAUUUGGUCUACCACCCAUUUUUGUGCUGCCUGCAAGCUAAAAACAGUAUUUACAUUUUUAAAUGGUUGGAAGAAAAAGGAAAAGUUAUGACAUGAAAUUUAUACGAAAUUCAGCUUUCAGUGUCCAUGAAUAACGUUUUAUUGGAACAGCCAGGCUCAUCCACGUGGGCGUUGUCUGUGGCACUUUUGUGCUACAGUGGCAGAAAAGUAGCUUCGACAGAGACCCCCCCCCGCCGGGCCUGCAAAGCCUAAAAUAUUAAUAUUUACUCUCUGGUCCUUCGUAGAGAAAGUUUGCUGACCCCUGAUCUAAUAGCACUAAUUCCCUAUUCCUUUUAUUUCACCUAAAGACAGACUUUUAAUCUUUGAGACAGACUUGUAAUGGCAAGGAACACAGGUUUCUGUGCUUCUCACAGCAGCCUAGUGAUAAUCUCGUUAACAGAAUGGGGCCUACUUUGAUUACCACAUGUCCCAGUUCCACAAUAUAGUAAAGCAGUCAGUGCUGCCCUUUGUGAAGGAGUCUCAUGGAAUAACAGUAUUUACAACCAUUUUGAGCUACUAAGCUGUACCUCACUCUCUGCUUUGUCUCACGUCCUUUGGUAGUGUUAGGCUGAAAAAUAUCAGCUCUUUAACCCAAUUUACUUCCGAAAGAAUUUUUGUCUUUAUUGAAUAUGACUUUUGACAUCACCAUUUCUUGAAGACCUUGGUAUUAAAUGCAUGAGAAACCUUUUGCCAUCAAGUUUGUUCAUUGUUAUGAGACUGUAAUUGACAAUAAGGAAUAUGGGGUCUCAAUGACUCUAGUCUUUUUUUUUGAAAUCAGAUCAUUAACUAUCUUGUCACUUGGGGGACUUUUUUUUGACUAUGAUAUAGAUACCGUUUUAAUUGUGAAGUUUAGAAUUGGUAUAUAUGUUGUAUGCUUUGUAAAGAAUUUUACUUUGUCUAAUUUAUUGCAUAUACUCGCUUCUGUUGGGAAAGGACAGCUAGAAAGUAUAAUUUCUAAGAAGCAUACUACCUAUAAAUGGCUGAUCAAAAUUAGGCAUCAGUUAUACGGCAGAUGACUAAUGGCUUGCCCGUGCCCUGCACUUCUCCUUCCCAUUGCACUCAGCCUCCCCCUCCACUAUAGUACAAACAGAAGAAAGGGAAGAUGGUGAAUUUGUACACCAGAGCUGCAAAGUGGAAGCAGGAAGAGGUUGAAGGAACUAAAGCAAAGGUGUCUGUCUGGAUUCCAGCACGUGCGGAUAUGCCAUCCAUGCUGGCCUGCGCCCCAUCAUCGGACAGGACAGAGAAGCGCACAGCAAGUGGUGUUAGUAGUAAGGGCCAUUUCCAAUCUCCUCCUCCCCCAAAAAAUCUAUACUGUUAUUUUUCUAUGUAAGCAAAUUGUUUGAAAUGCUUUGAAAUCUUACUAUUAAAAGGCAUAUGCACGUAAA